CGCGUGGGAGCGCUAACCGCAGCUGGGGCUCAGCCGGAGCCACGAUCGGUCCCCUCCGGCUGCCCCUCGCCCCCCUCUCCGCUCCCACCUACCCUCCGACACCCGGAGAAAAGCGUGCAAAGGCAACGAGAGGGACGGAAACCACACAUAAAUAGCGGCGGCAGCAGCGCGUCAUCUGGCGGAGCAGGAAGUGCAGGCAGAGUCCAGAGGCUGGUGCUUUCUGCGCGUCCCCCGGACUUUGCCAUGGGCUGGGGGCCGCAGAGGCUGCGAGCGGCCGGGCGAGGGCAGCGGCGGCUGCGGCGGCACCGGGGCUGAGCGAGCAGCGACGCGCGGGGUGCGCGGAGAUGGCAGCGUCCAGCAACUCCAGCCUGUCCGGCUCGUCGGUGUCCUCGGAUGCUGAAGAAUACCAGCCUCCAAUAUGGAAAUCAUACCUGUAUCAAUUACAGCAAGAGGCUCCUCGCCCCAAGAGGAUUAUUUGUCCCGGGGAGGUGGAAAACAGACCAAAAUAUUAUGGAAGAGAGUUUCACGGGAUCAUCUCUCGGGAUCAGGCCGACCAGCUUCUCGGAGGCGUGGAGGGUGCCUACAUCCUUAGAGAAAGCCAGCGCCAGCCAGGAUGCUACACAUUAGCUCUAAGGUUUGGAAACCAGACCCUAAACUACAGGCUCUUCUAUGAUGGAAAACACUUUGUGGGCGAGAAGAGGUUCGAAUCGAUUCAUGAUCUGGUCACGGAUGGCUUGAUCACACUGUACAUAGAAACGAAAGCCUCCGAAUACAUUUCCAAAAUGACAACGAACCCCAUUUAUGAACACAUCGGAUAUGCCACUCUACUCAGAGAAAAAGUAUCCAGAAGAUUAAGCAGGUCUAAAAACGAAUCAAGGAAAACAAGCGUCACAAGCGAAGAACACACCGCGGUUGAAAAGAUCUCCUCCCUCGUCCGGAGGGCCGCCCUCACGCACAACGACAACCACUUCAACUAUGAGAAGACACACAACUUCAAGGUGCACACAUUCCGAGGUCCGCACUGGUGUGAAUACUGUGCCAACUUCAUGUGGGGGCUCAUCGCCCAAGGGGUCCGGUGCUCAGACUGUGGGUUGAACGUGCACAAACAGUGUUCCAAGCACGUCCCGAAUGACUGCCAGCCUGAUCUCAAGAGGAUCAAAAAGGUUUACUGCUGUGACCUCACAACGCUCGUGAAGGCACACAACACCCAGAGGCCCAUGGUGGUGGACAUCUGCAUCCGGGAAAUCGAAGCAAGAGGAUUAAAGUCAGAAGGCCUUUACAGAGUCUCUGGGUUCACCGAACACAUCGAAGAUGUCAAAAUGGCAUUUGACAGAGAUGGUGAAAAGGCAGAUAUAUCUGCCAACAUCUAUCCAGACAUAAACAUCAUCACUGGAGCCCUUAAACUGUAUUUCAGAGACUUGCCCAUUCCCGUCAUCACCUACGAUACCUACUCCAAAUUUAUAGAAGCAGCAAAAAUCUCCAAUGCAGAUGAGAGGCUGGAAGCAGUCCAUGAAGUGCUGAUGCUGCUGCCUCCUGCCCACUAUGAGACCCUCCGAUACCUGAUGAUUCACCUCAAGAAGGUGACUAUGAAUGAAAAGGACAAUUUUAUGAAUGCUGAAAAUCUGGGGAUUGUGUUUGGGCCCACCCUGAUGAGACCCCCUGAGGACAGCACACUCACCACUCUCCACGACAUGCGGUACCAAAAGCUGAUUGUGCAGAUUUUAAUCGAAAAUGAAGAUGUUUUGUUUUAAUCCACCAGGGAAAUGAGCAGAAUGGCCUCCGCCCCGUCGAAGUUGACAAGGCUAAGGACAUAAAAACAUUUCUUACACUGAUUUGUUUCCCAAACAAGUGACAGAGUUCCUACACCGCAGUGGAUGGCCAAGUCAGCUACUAUGUCUCAUAGAUACUGGCCUCCUCCACGUGAGAACAGCAAGAGUAAGAGUGAGAAACGCCCCUCUCCUGGGCUCUUUGCCGUGCCUCGUGUGUAUGUCUGUUUUGCUGGAAGAGUGAUUAAAUAAAUCUUUAACUUAUUAAGAGAACAAUGUAGACCUUUAAACUUCAAUCUCAGUAAUAAAGAGGAACUUAAUUCAUAGAGGUACUUGAUACAGUUAUACAUUUUCCACUUACAAAAAGAAGACAAUUCUAUAUGUUAAAUGUUAAAUAAAACUUAUAUUGUAAAACGUAUUUUUAUUUCAGCUGCAAGAAUGUUACUUUAUUUUAGCAAAUAGAACUCAAUGCAGUGCAUUGAUUAUUACCCUGUGUACCUUGUCCUGCCUUCUUGCUGUGAUCCCUGGAGAAGUUUACCACGAAUGCAGUAUUAUGUUGACAUACCUCUGUCCUUAUCGGCGCUUUGCAACGAAAUUUCACCUGCCACCUGUGUCCCUGUUUUUGAUAGUUUUUGCUGUUAAGCGCUGGCAUUUUGCUAUCAUGAGGUGUAUGUUUAUAGCAGUUGUAGGUUGGUCCAAAACACCCACGAGUUUUCUUUCCAUAAAAAUUUUAUAGAAUUCCAAAGUAUGUUUUAGAAUUGGUCAUAGUUUUUCCAUAUCAUGUGUGUAUAUCCCAGAACAUGUUGAAUGUGGUCACUUUACCUAAAAUAAUUGAAUUUACAUAAAAUAUAACCUGGAUUGUUUCUGGGCUGUAUAGAAAGUCAGAAUUUUUUUUCUCAUUUCUUUUAAGCAAGUAGUCUAAAUUCAUAUCUUAAGGCCAAUUUGUAGCUUUGCCACAUUUCUGUAUUUACGACGAGUGAAUCUGCAGAAUAAUUGUUGAUUUUUUUUCAUUUUUGUUUUAUAAACAAGCCUACUUUUAAAGUAAGAAUGAAUAAGUUUGGUUUUUAUGAAUAUUUGUUCCUCUUUGACAAAAGUAGCUCUGUAUAGAUAAGAAUUGAAUAUGAUUUUCUUACUAUAGUUCCAUCUGAUUGGUUAUAUUUAUCUUAGAAUGAGCUUUUCACACCCAAGAUUUCUAUAUUUUGUAACAUAGGUAAAGAUAUUUUAAAAAUCCAGGUAAAUCUGGAUUUUUUUUUCCCUUCAGUCCAACUACGGUGUGUUUUCCUCUGGUGGUCUGAGAUGGUUCGUGUAAUUACUCACUCGUCUUGUUUUGGAGUGACCAGAAGAGAAUUACUGUGACAAGUGAGCUGAAAGGAGGUGGCAGUGCAAUUGUCCUGGAAGGUCCCAAGGGCUGUGCGGACGGACGCCACUGGGACAUGGGGGUUAAAACGCUCCUGCUUGGUCCCAGCUAUUACUGUCCCUCCUCCUGACUGUACAGAUUUGUUUGUUGUAGCUCAUGUACUUCUUGAUACUGUCAAAAAAAUAUCUGGAAAUGGUUUUAUUUUGUAAAGUGAACGAUACUUUGUAAUUUAUGAUAGUGUAAAUGGAAGGAAAAGCAUUAAAUGUAUUAAAUUCUUCUGUCUAUCACUUCGGAGUAUACGAAGGAAAUUGGUGUU